AUGGCGCCCGCAAAAAAGAAAGCAUGCACCCACCAGACCGUCCUCAUCGACGCGUCAGACUACGGCCGCAAGACAGCCGGCUUCGAGCGCGUGCCCGUGGACAAACGCAUCGCUGCAACGACGCGCUCCGGGAGGGUCCCCGACGGCGGUGCAUCGUCGCUCGGCCCCACCGCCGGCCCGGACGCCUCCACUUUUCCCGGCCCGCUCGUCUUCCCUGACGACGAGCUCGCCCUGCACCCGCGGUACCCCCCGCAGAGCCUGCGGUCGUGGAUCAAUGGCGGGUACCGCAACCCGAUCACGCACGACCGCAAGACGCUGUACGUCGCGGACGUGCCGCGGAUCGAUGACAGCGCGGCGUUUAUGCGGGAGUGGGCGGAGCCUGAUGUCGAGGACCUGGUUGACCCGGCGGAGUUCCCGCGGCUGGAGCAUCCUGACACGAGGGACUUGAUGAAGUACUUGGCGGCGUUUUAUCACCCGCUCGAGGUGAAGUUGCUGCCCACUCCGAUGAGGUUCGUUCGCUGGGAGGCUGGGGGAAAGGCGGACAUGGUCGGGCUGGCGACGGGAACGACGGUGGUGGGCGUGCGGGCGCGGCCGAGCAAGGAUGAGAUUGCAAGGAUGCAGCUGAAUUUGAGCGAUUUGCUGGACGCGCUGAUGGGGGUGGUGCCGCGGGACGCGUAUGCGUGCGUGCUGGUGGUCGCGCAGGAUCUGUAUGAGGAUGAGGAGGACGACUUUUGUUGCGGGCGGGCGUUUGGCGGGAGUCGGAUCUCGGUGGUGAGUAGUUUUAGAUACAGGCCGGUGCUGGAUCUGGCGUUUGGGGUGGAGGUUGGGCAUAUGUGGCCGCUGGCGCAUUGUGCGAGGUUUGUAGAGGGGUUUUGUGAGGAGUUUGAAAAUGAGAAUGGCGGCGGGGAGGAGGGGGGAAGGAAGAGGAAGCGUGGUGGGAGAGCGGUUUUUGACGGUGAAGCGGUACUUGAUCUGAAGAAGAAGCCGCACACGGCUCUGGGUGCUGCGAUUAAUGCUGCGAAGAAGGUUGUCGUGCCGAAGACGAAGGAGGACCAGCGGGGGCUGUGGUUCUCGAGGGUCGCGAGGACGGCGGCGCAUGAGUUGGGCCACUGUUUUGGGAUGGAUCACUGCGUGUACUAUGCGUGUGUCAUGCAGGGCACCGCGGGGUUAGGGGAGGACGCGAGGCAGCCGCCGUAUUGGUGUCCUGUCUGCGAGGCGAGAGUUGUGUAUGGGCUUGGGGAGAUGGGGGUUGUGGAGGGGGGGGAAGGGGGGCAGGUGGGUUGA